GGGCGGCUGCUCGCUGCUCGCUCUGACGAUGCCACGUAUGUAUGUGUGCGCUCUCAAGCGUGAGGUAGCUCUGGACCUGUGCGCACGGCUAGCCCGGGCUGCCAUGCGGCGCGUGCUGUUUGCUGUGUUGCUGACAAUCUCUCGCAGCAGGCAAGAAGGUUAAAGCGCGGAGCAUCGUUGGCGUUAUUUUGAAUGAACCUUGUACAUCGCUGGAGCUCGGCUGGCCUCUUGGACCCUCAGCGUUGCUCGGCAGCAAACCCCCAACCGAUGGGCGUGCCAUGCAAGCAGGAACGGGGACCUCUCUCUGCAUUGACAGAAGCGCACCAAUGUAGGGUCCCCCCACCUGAUUGUCUCUGCUUCCAUGCCAGCUCCAGGAGCACGUCGCUGUUCUCCGCUUGCUUGCGGAUCUUUCCAGCGUCCAGGAGGCUGUUCGCUUGGCGCACUCUCUGUCCGAGUCUGUCGCUUGGCGAGUUUGCAUAUGAAUACGCGAUGGAUAGGCUGACGGCGGGUCCCCGCAGAUCCGAGCGCUCCUCGCGGCUGAUUCACGGGGCGCUCGUAUCCAAUGGCGUGUUUGGAUAUUGUCUUGCUCGGUCUUGCGGACAAUGGGCUAGAGCUGCUUUAUCUCCUUCUGCCGUGGUUCUUCUGUAUACGACGCUCUUCGUCCUCGAAGCUUACUUCAAUCCUGGUCUCGACUCAGCUCAUAGUCAAUCGGGUGUGCCUCGUUUCCUCGUAAAUGCUCUUGCUUUGUUCACCUGCGCACAUUGCUCUACGUCAUAGAGUCAUCUAGGUCAAAGAAUCCCUGGUUUCCAUAUCGCAGACUGUAUCAGAGCUCUCU